CAGACACUAAACUGUUGAGUUGAACGGUUUUGUGUUUAGGUUUGAAUUUCAAAUUCAUUAAUUUAGGUUUGAAGAUUCUCUUUUUAAGUGCAAGAAAUCAAAAGAAUUAACGUGGCUUCCAUAUAUGUGUCACAUGGAAUAAGUAUUCAUUUUACGACAUAACUGUAUAAAUUGAAAACGAUUUGUUUGUUUAGUUUGCUUAUACGUGUUAUAAAAUACUAACCUAUAAGUACGUUACAUCAUGAAUAAUAUACUGAUUUUAUACGAUGUUUUAUUUAAAAGUUUUAACAUUUUGUCGUAAUGAUUGCAUUUAUUAUUUAUCUGUUAAAUAAAUUGUUUACUAUUAUGGACCUGUACGAUUCAUGUCAAGAAUGCAUCCUUCAAACUGCUCCAAUAGGCAUAAGGGAAGCCUAAUAACAUCUCACGAUAACGAUGAUACUUAUGUUUGACUGCGAUAUUUAUAUAUAUAUAUUUAUUUUGAUAGUAAAAUGUUUAAUCUUUUCAUCAGGAGUUAAGUUUGUGAUAAAAUCACGUUCAGUAUGUUAUUUAGUUUGAACUGUAAUAACUACUAAGACUCAAAUGUUUAAAUAUCAACAUGGAAACUGAUGCAAGUCUAUUACAACGUGAUAGUAGCAAUGAUUGGAGUCUUGCAAAAAAAUUGAAAUCUGAAGAUCCUGUUCAAUUCCACACUUUAGUUCGGAUGCACUUAUCAUUUGUGUUGGAUUUAAAUACUGAUGACUGUGAUUCUCAGCCAGAAAAAUCAAAGCUAAGAUCAGUAAAGUGGAGUUUUGUUCCUUUUACCAAGAAAACCAAACCUCCUGGGAAAACUUCAGAAGGUCCUCAGUUGACAAAAGAUGGAAUAUCUCAAGUUUACCAACUUAUAGAAUUUCUCAGUAAAGAAGAAAAUAUUGUUCAAGAGGGUAUAUUCAGAAGAACUGGGAAGUUAACAAGACAACAAGAACUUAAGUCUCAUUUAACUAGUGGAGAAAUAAUUGACCUGAACAAUGGUUAUUAUUCAGUCCACGAUUGUGCGUCUGUUCUUAAAACCUACCUUGCAGAUCUUCAGGAACCCCUUCUGACAGAGGCCUACUUUCCUGCAUAUUGCCAGAUUGCUGAACUUUGCUCUCACAAGCCCAACGAUGAUCGGUUGCAACAAGCUCUGCAACUGCUGGUCCUGUUGUUGCCACAGGACAACUGGGUGAUUCUGCGGGAUGUUCUACAACUGUUGAACCUUGUGGCAAGACGCCAAAAUGAGAACAAGAUGUCUCCAGAGAAUCUUGCAACACUUUUCACACCUCAUCUCUUGUGUCCCAGAAAAUUGCCACCAGAGGCUCUACACUCCACGUCACAGAGUCUAAGCAAAGUGGUGGCUCUCAUGAUCUCAGUAGGCCUGGAUUUGUUCCGGAUACCUACAGCUCUAGCCACGGACAUCAAGAUGUACUGGGAGCGUAGAAAACAGUCACCAGAUGCUUAUCUGAAUGAGAGCAGUGCCGCCACAACUGUGUUCAGUUUUGUGGACCGUGAGCGGACUGCUCAAGAGAACACCUCGAACCCCACAGAGGCGGCCUUAGCACAACUCUACGCACAUAUACAGUCAUUGCCAGAGAGCAGCAAGAAGCGCAGGCUUGUCAAACAAUUCAACAAGGAGAAUGGGAAUGGCACUCCUAACACUAGGACAAAGAGCUUCGGUGAUUCUAUCAAGAAACACAUAUUCAACAAGACUUUGAAACCUGCUCGAGGUUUCUGUGAGAUCGGUCAACUGAAGAAACGUUCUUCUAGUGAAGAAGUACUCAAUAGCCCAGACUCAAAGACACCAAAAUGCUUCCAAAAACUAAAGUCCGGGAAGAGUUGCGACAAUAUAGAAGUGGAUUGUUUGGAGUCACCUCUAGAGAAAAAUACUGUGGGAGAGAUGAAGUUACCUGAGCGGCUGGUUGAAUCGGAGGACAGACCUGAGAAUCUCCUUCCUAAACUGGCCUCUCCCCUCCCUUCCCUUGGUAAAGAGAACAGCCCGUUCUUCACCCCCACCACCCCCUGCUUGGGAAGGCACCGCCAGCUCUCCGUGAGUAAACCUCCGCUGACCCCCGCUAACCGAUAUACUUCCUUACUAACCAGCACGCCAGCCUGUGGCAACUGCCUGCUCACUCCCUCUCCUAUGCUCACGUCGGCUGACGAUAUGUCACCCAUCACCCUCUCCACCCAGCAGAUGUCCAAGGCCAUGCAGGAGACAAUGAUGACACCUCGCAGCCGCAAGCCUGUUGUAGCCGUUUCUGCCUCCAACCUGUGUCACCUGGCCAACUUGACCUGGGGGGUGAAGGGGGAGGAGACCUCAGACUCCUUCAGCGAAACAGGUGAUUCACUGGCAGGGGCGUUCAAGGAAUACUUGUCUAGCCGCAGCAUCCUCUCUGCAAGCCCAGUGGACCUCAGUUUCUCUAGCCGUACAGGUGACUUUGAUCCUUCAUCAGAACCAAGCCAUGAGGACCCACCUAGGUCGCCACUCAGUGAAUCUCUCUUGUAUGUUCUCGACGGGAACGCUCCAGAAGACUUAAGCUCGGACUCUUCUGGUUAUGGAGAUAUCCGGUCAAGAAAGAGGGAGGCAGAUGGAGGUGAUAACAAACCAAGCAAAAGGUUUGGACCACGUGAUAUUGUUGUAACUGGCAGAGAGACAGUGAGGGAAGUUCCACAUGAGACUUCAUUAUAGCCAAAUAUUUAAUAGUCAUAAUGAACUCUACCUGCAAGUACAUCCAAAGUGUUAGCUUUAUACUCAGUUGAAUAUUCUACUAAAGGUUAUUUAUUUUAUUAUACUAACUAAAAGAAAUUGUUUAGUAUAUUUGUAAUAUAGUUUUUAUUCUUCUAUAUUAAAAAUACUAAAUGAAACAUUUGACUUAACGCAACAAAUUUUUUGCAUUACUCAUAUUUAUUUAAGGAAGUAUUAUAAGAAAAAUAAUUGUAAUAAUGGCCAACAUAUGGUCAAAAACUGAACAAAUUUUAAUGGGGUGAAGAUUGUGCCUAAAAGCACUUAAAUUAAGAUAACCAGUUUUGCCUUGCAAAUCUUUAAAAAAUAUUCUUUUUAAAUAAUGUUAUAUAUUAAUUUAAGACUUGUGCAAAUACUUUGAAAUUGAAUAAGUAAACUGGGAAUGCUCAUCUUAAAAGACACAAAGUAAAAAUGAUUAUUCCAUGGUGGUACAAAUUCUGAUACAUGUUUCUGACAAGAAUGGUAACUAAUAUAAUCUUAGUGGACAAAGGGAAUAAAAAUUAGAAUCUACUCAGUAAAAUAUACUGCCUAGACAUAGGAAUAACUUUUUAUGAAGUGAAACUACAAACAUUGGUACGUUUUAAAUUCAUUUAUAAUAAUACCAUACAUUACAGAGCAACUUUUCUCUAGGCUUUGCAUUUUCUCGAAAUAGUAAAAAAGUAACUUUUCUUGUUUGUAAAUUGUUGUACGUAUAAAAGGUCAUAAUUUUCCAAAAACACCAAACAUAAUGUUAUUGUUGGUGUUUGUUCUCCAAUAGACUAUAAUGUUAUUGUAUUUUACUUUAAAAGUUUUUCAUUUUUUGAAAACAUUUAUUUUUAGCAUUUUAAUUCUGAACCAAAUUUAUUUACAAACUUUUAUCAUAGUUGCAAAAUUAGAAACAACAAUUACCUAACGAUAGAGCACAGUAUAGAUAUAAAUCAUUCACAUACCGUAAACACAUAGCCAGUUUUCAGUAUAGUAAUAUUUAGACAAAAAUUAAUAAGUUAUACUGUUAAAAAUAAAUUCUACAUUAAUUUCAACAAACUAUAACAUUUUAGUCUGGGCCAAAUUAAACAAAUAUCAUAUAUAUGUGUGUUCCAAAUGUUAUGCACAUUGAAGGGGUCUCAAAAACAGUAAGAGAUACAACAAAGCUUAAAUGGACAAAGUUGUGCAUGAUAACAAGACCAACAAAUUAUUGUGGUAAAGUUGAUUAUUGGUUGCAUUGUCCACUUACUGCACACAAAAAACUUAAUUUGGUCAAAAAUUUCAAACUGUCACAACUCUCUUAUUAGUACAUAUUUUGAAACGUUUGUUGCGUUGAAAUAUGUAUGAAAUUUCUUCUAGUUUUUAAAUAUUGUAAUUAUAAUUUUUUCAAGACCAGCAAGCAGGAGGUGUAGGGUUCAAGUCAAUUGUUUUAGUGCAAAGGCCCAUUUUGUUACUCAGGUAAAAGAAAGUAGAUUUUGUACUGAUUUCAAAAAUAUCAUAUAUUUAUACUCUUUCCUCAUGGAUUUCAUCAAAUAAUUCAUAAAAUCUCAUUUCUGUAUGGUUGUGAGAAGUGAAUUUUUAUUCUACUUUCAGAUAGUUGGUAAACCUGACAUAUUUCACUGCACACAGUGUUGGAAUCAGCUGUUUAGUAAAACAGAAAUUAUCAGACAAUGUCAGAGUAAAAAUGACUGUUACUGACAUUUUUAUAAUUGAUUAUCAAAGUAGCAUGGUAGUUUCUAAUUGUAUCAUAAUUUAUAAUUUUAUAAAAACUAAACACCAUUAUAUAAAAAUAAUGAAACAACCUAAUUAAAUUCAUCACAGCUAAGUUUAUUCUAACUGAAAAAGAAUAUAAUAAUUAUUUUGUUUUACAAUUGUUUUAUGUAAUAAUGUUAAUGUAAAGACUCAGUUUUUGAAAUAGCUUUUAAUUUACAAAAUGUUCAAUUCACAUAAGUCACAUCUACAACAAUUUCAACACCGCAUUUAAACUUUGUUGGUGAUUUAUUUAAAAAUAAAAAUAUCCAAUGGUGGUGUCUUGUGCAUGUGGGGACCAGCAGACUUUUAUUCGUUAGAGUAAAAAAACUGUGUUCAAAUUUAAUUAGGUUAUUUUAUUGUUUGUGUCUGAUGAUUUUUAUUUUUAUAUUUUAUAAAAUUAUAAAUUAUGAUACAAUUAGAAACUAACUAACAAAAUAAAGUUUUCAGUUAGAUUUCAGACCAUCAGGAACAAACUAUCAAAAUUUUAUUUAUUAAGUUGUUACAGUAGAAUAAUCUUAUUGGCACUCUUUCAAAUAUAGUGACAAAUUUCAUAUAUAACGUGUACAAACAGACAAUCUGUUACAAACUAAUAGAUGGCAAGAAAAGUAAGUGUGCUCUACCAAUUUGAAAAAUAUAAGAUACAACUAGACCGAAGAACUAGCAACUUUAUUCACUUCAAAGUAAAUUAAUAUCUAGCACGUCCUGAGAAAUAUAAGCUUCAACUAGGGAAUAAUUACUAUUACCCUUCUACUUACUUCUUAUUCAUAUCAAACCUAGUUAUAAUUUGUUUAAAGGUAUGUAUCAGGAACAACUACUUUUGUUCACUUUGCCCAAUAUUUUUAUCAAUUCAGACUGAAAGUAGUGUAGCUUUUAUUUAGCAACUGGUGUUUCUUAAUGCAAUAAACUAAUAGUUUAAAUUUUAUUUCUUUCUCUGUAAUAUCCUGAAAAAAUGUAAUAUUACUUUAAUUGUGACUAUAAUGAAACUAAACAUGUUCUAAAGCAAUUUUAAAAUAAAAUGUACAAUAAAUUUUAAAAAGCCACUUUUUAGGUUAAAUUAGUAAGGAAUUGCAUUGUAUAACAGUUCAAAACAUCUGCUUGUAUGUUUGUGUCUAAAGCUUAUUUUAACCAAAUCCAAUGCUCAAAAUAUAAUUUGUUAUACAUCUAAAUGGAUGUAUUUGAUCGUUAUUAACAAAAGAUCAGUUAAAUCUGUUUCGUUAUUUUUGACGUUAUUGUUUGAUUUUAAUUAUGUAUAAUUAAAGUAACAUAAAAAAUAUUUAAAACCUGUACUGCCUAAUUCUGUUUUUUAUAUCUAUUUUAUAUGAUACAACAAAAAAUUAACAUAAAUAAAUUGUAACAUUUAUUGGUUCUAGAAAUAUUUAGUUUAUGACAAAUAUUUUUACAUGAAAAUAAUAGAACAUUUUCACUUCAGAACUUUGUAUAGGUACUAUGUGUAAAGAAGCAAAUCCACUAAGCUACAUAUAUUUCUUUCAAUAUAUUAUGUAAAUCAGUUAAUGCGAAUGUUGUUUAGCUCCAGUUCACUUUCCUCUUAUAUGUAACAUCUGAAAUCUGAUUAGACAAUGAGAAUACCUCUUGACCUAGAUUGCACUACUUUUUGUAGUCUGAGUGUUUCCGAUGUCGAAACAAUGCAGGGAGCUUCUUCAUUGCCGACUAUUUUUUAUCCCUUCAGACGAACAUGAUUCCAGAUUUCAGGAGUCAAGUUAGCAACAGCAUCAGAUUUCAAAUGGUUGAUUUAAGAGGAAAAUGAAAUUGAGCUAAACUGAACAGUCAUAUUGAAUCAACCCUCCCCAUCUUAACUGCUUUAAAUCUGUUAAUUCAUGAUUUUUUAACUAUUCACUUUUAAGGAUUUUUAUUCAUUGUUAUACUAAUUAUAUAAUACAUAGGUUCUAUAAAUUAUUACUGUACUAACAAUUAUUCAUUAAUAUCAAUCCUGAGAUAAUCACUCUCAAAAAUGUAAGAAAACAAACAAGCAAUAGAUACAAUGGUUUCUGUGACAACUAUUGUAGCUGUAAUUAAUGAGAAGUUUGAUUAAUCCUAUUUGUGCAUAGUCCUGUAAAUUUUAUCUCAGUUUUAUUUAGUGCUUCCAUACGUUUGGUAAUAUAAAAAUGUGUAAAUGCUCAACAUAAGAAUGUGGCUUUACCACUUGAAUGAUGAUCUAAUUCACUGCAUAUUGAGGCAAUUUUUGCUUUGAAGUUUAAUCAUUGAUCAUAGUCUAAUCUAUUUAAAGAAAAUAUAUAUUUCAUUGAAUAAGGUGAGGAAUUUUGAUUUCUUGAAAAUUUCAGCUGAGCUCUCUUCUAAUUAUAUUUUUGGUUUAAUUAAUUAAUUGUAACAAACUGUAAGUAGUUCAUCUUGAUCUAACCAGUGCUUAGUAUCUUAGCUUUUAGAUUACCCACUCUGGCCAAUUGCAACCACACUAAAGUACGGAUUUUAAAAAUUAAUGAAAUAUGAUUUUUGUAAAGGAAUAAUGAUAACUUUUUUGGCAUUUUUUAAAACUUUUUACCCAUGCUUUGUAGCCAAAUUUACUGUUUCUACAUGUAUUUACAAUGUGCACAUUAUUGAAACAUAUCUGAAUUUUAACUGAGCAAGAGGUGAAUUAAGAAAAUAACUUUCUCAAUACAAUAUUGUGUUUAUUAGGCACUUUAAUUGUCACUAAAAUACUGCAAUGCUGUUUAUAAUAUUGAUAACAGCUUUUUAACAUCUGUUGCAUUUGUGUUGAACAUUUUUUGUGUAUUUCUCAGUGUAGAACUGACUCAGACUCUACUGGCAAAAAUAUAAAUUGACUCCAACAGUUUGGAUAACUCAUAAUUUUUAAUAUGAUUUUUUAUUAGACCUAUCAGGAACCUGGUCCAAAAUGUUAAAUUAGUGGCACAAAUUUUGAAAUUAUGGUUCAUAAUUAAACACCACACCUAACAGUAAGGCUCACACAUUCCUAAAUAAAUUACCAAGUAUUAUAUUUCCAAAUCUGUAUCAUUGUUAACACUACUAACUUGUAAAUAGAUCCCCUAUUUUAUUAUUAUUUUGGAUUUCAUUUUAGUAAACAAAAUAAAACUGGAUUAGAUGCUUUGAACUUCUUAAAAUUCUUGCUUUUUUAAUCAAAGACAUGUGUUUAAUUUAAUAAAGCAAGAAUCUUUAGCUCACUGUUAAUAUCAAUAUGUACUAAACAGUUUUUUCUGUGUAACAAAGAAAAAUGAAAUGAACUGAAUAUUUAUUUGCUAUAAAAGUGUAAUAUUGGUAUGAUUAAAAAAAAUGUUACCAUCUUUAUUUUUGUUAUGUUACAUUAAUCAGUUGUUUAAUCGAUUUUUAAAAGUAGAAUGUAAUAUUUGUGUUAUAUUUUACGUAAAACACACUAACAUACAAAAUAUAUAAAUCUAGAAGUAAAACCAUUAAUUUGUUACUUGAUGUUUAUUUUAUAAGCUACACCCAAAUACUUUUUUGAACAACUUCAAUAACAGUUACAUUGAAUAUUUUUGUUUUCAAACAUUUACAUGUGGAAGAUAAUACACAUACAUAAAAUCCUGGUAAUCUUCUCUUAUAGUUUAUCUUUCUUCUUUCACUAUUUAGGUGAUAUUAUGUCGUGUACAGUAUUGUUACAUGUAAUUAAUUGUAUUCUUUAGUACUAACUCUUGUGAUUGGGAGGCUGUAAGUGUAUUCUUAUUUGUAGGUUAAUUAUAAGCCACAACCAAGAGGUAGAAAUAUGUUUUUAUAAUAUAAUGUAAAUAAAUUAAAUCAACAUGAA